AUGUCUGCGGAACAAGACGAUAGUGACUCUGAAAUAUCUGGCGACGAGCUAAUUGUCUCGAGAUUGGGAAAAUCCCAGCAAUAUCGUGCCCACAAUGCUGUAUUCCGUGCACUACUAGAACAACACGUCAUCAAUGAGCCUAACAAUGGUCUCAACCCCGACACCGACCACGAUGGAACACAAAAAGAGAGACCAGAUGCGGAUGUCUCCGUGGCUCGUUUGAUCAUGAAUCAAGACAUGGGAGGCGGAGCGCUGGAUCCUCGAGAGUACCAGAUUGAGCUUUUUGAGAGAGCAAAAAUUGAGAAUACAAUUGCCGUUCUCGACACAGGCUCUGGUAAAACCUUGGUUGCUGUGCUUUUGCUGAAGUACAUCCUUGAACGUGAAUUAAGAGAUCGUGCAGAGGGCACAAAGCCGCGAGUGGCUUUUUUCCUGGUAGACAGUGUGACCUUGGUCUUUCAGCAGGCCGCAGUGCUACGGAACAAUCUCAACCAAAAGGUGGCUCACUUCUACGGCGACCUGCAUUCUGACCUUUGGGACCAUGAAGCGUGGGGCAAACAUCUUGCGAAGUACAUGGUGAUAGUUUGCACGGCCGAAAUUCUGAACCAAGCUCUACUGAAUGGGCAUGUCAAGAUGGAUGGUAUCAAUCUUUUGAUAUUUGACGAAGCUCACCAUGCUAAAAAGGAACAUCCUUAUGCACGAAUCAUCCGAGACAUAUAUCUAAAUGCCGAUCCAAACAAUCGUCCAAGAAUCUUCGGCAUGACAGCCUCUCCAGUUGAUGCUAGAUGUGAUAUAGCAGAAGCAGCAACACAGCUAGAAACACUCAUGAAUUGUCGCAUUGCAACAACAUCAAAUCUUUCCCUUCUGCGGGAUUUUGUGAGUAAGCCAAAAGAAGAGGAAUGGGUCUACGAGAAGCUCCCACCACCCUUCGGGACCGAGUUGUAUGAAACCCUGAAGACCAGAUAUGGAGAUAUAUCAGCCCUUGAAAGUGUCUUCGCAUUUGCAUGGAUUGCAAGCUCGGAGUUAGGGGCAUGGUGUGCAAAUCAGGUAUGGGCUUUGGCCCUGGCGGAUGAUGUGCUGCCCAAACUCAAGGGCAGUAUUACCAGAGAUGCUGAUACUGACCCUCAAUCCUCUGAAAGAGCCAUCAAUGACAACAAACGCGUCAACGAAGCCAGCAAGCUCAUCAAAGAUUACAUUGAAGACCAGGUUUUUGAGCCAAGAGGUGUUAGCUCGAAGGUUGAGCUUUUAUUGAGAAAGCUGAGUGAGCAGUUCAUCAAGUGGCCAAACACCAAGUGUAUUGUGUUCACAGAGCGGCGCAACACUGCCAAAGUUUUGCUACAGCUCUGCAACAGCCAAGGCAUUCCAAAUCUUCGUCCCGAUGUGUUAGUCGGUGUACGCAAAGGUGAUGCCAUGGGAAUGAAUACCACAUUCCGUGGGCAGUUUCUUGCCUUGAUCAAGUUCCGAAAAGGCGAAUUCAAUUGUCUGUUUGCAACAUCGGUGGCAGAGGAAGGACUCGACAUACCCGACUGCAACCUGGUAGUGAGGUUCAAUCUUUAUGACACAGUCAUUCAAUAUGUCCAAAGUCGAGGCCGUGCUAGGCAUGCCGAUUCUGUGUAUGCCACAAUGGUUGAAGAACGUAAUCGACAUCACACGAUGAGAAUGCAGGAAGUCAAACGAGCUGAGUAUCUUAUGAGGAACUUUUGCAACCUACUCCCGGAGGAUAGAAAGCUAUACGGAAGCGAGAACGACUUGGAGGAGAUCAUCCAAGGCCAAGCAAGAAAAAGAUCAUACACCGUCGCCACAACUGGGGCUAAAUUGACGUAUCGCCAUGCAAGAGAUGUCCUCCAACGGUUUGCUAGCUCCCUGCAAUAUGAAAACGAAUUCUCAGCCCGGGUCACGUACAUUGUUAUUCCUGAAAACGAUUCAAUUAGCUGUGAAAUUAUUUUACCAGAGAAGUCGCCAAUUCGAGGAAUUAUCGGAUGCCCCGAAUCAAAGAAAUCAGUCGCUAAGCAGUCCGCUGCUUUUGACGCUUGUCUAUUGCUCCGGAAAAACAACCUACUGGAUGAUCACUUCAACUCCAUAUAUCACAAGCGCCUACCGGCAAUGCGCAAUGCCAAGUUAGCCAUCACUUCGAAGAAAACAGACCAGUACAGCAUGCGUAACAAGCCUUCCAUCUGGUGUACCCAGCAAGGAACCAUCCCAACAAUUCUCUAUGCGACAGUCAUUUGUCUUCUUCCAUCUGCCCCCAUAAGCCGGGUCCCUGGAACUGUUAUGUUGCUGACACGAACAAAGCUUCCAAACUUCCCAGCGUUUCCCGUAUUCUUAGAGGAUGAUGUCGAAACCACUGUUCAGUGCCUGUGCAUCGAGGGAUUCUUAGAGGUUACUACUGCAGACCUAGAACUUCUCACUGAUUUCACCCUGGCGGUUUUCCACGACGUGUUUCACAAGACGUAUACGCCCGUUGCGGAGCAAUUUCCUUAUUGGCUUGCACCUGUUCAAAAGACAGUUCCAAAACCGAGACCUGGAAAACCAUUCAAUUACUUUGAUAUGGUUGACUGGGAAAUUCUACAAUAUGUUCAAGAUAAUCCCCAAAUCUCAUGGUCUGCGGAAAUGGAACCCGAAUCUCUACUGAAUCGGUUCUUCUACGAUGACUGGAAUGGAAAGUAUCGAUACUAUCCGAUUGCCAUCGAUCCCAAUCUUCGUCCUUCUGACCCACCUCCAUACUAUGCACCACCACGAAAAUGGGAUGAAGACAUCAUGAAUUGGUCUCUGAGUCGGAGCAAAAACUCACGUUCCAGAUUUUUCAAUGGCUGCGCCUGGAGUCAGCCAGUUAUUCAGGCAGAUCUGAUCGGUCUUCGAAGAAACUUUCUCGACAAAGCAUCUGAGGACGAAAAUGCUGAAAAUGCGAGAUGCGCCAUCUGCCCCCAGGCCUUAGCAAUUUCCCCGAUCCCCUUACCUAUAGUCACAGCGUGUUUCGUCUUUCCAGCAAUCAUAACUCGACUGGAAUCUUAUUUGAUUGUCCAGGAGGGAUGUGAAAUGCUGGGUCUUGACAUCAGGCUUGAUUAUGCCUUAGAGGCGUUUACAAAAGACUCCGACAAUACUGAAGAGCAUCGAAGUCUUCAAAUUCACGUUCAGCGAGGAAUGGGAAAGAAUUAUGAGCGUCUCGAAUUGCUGGGUGACUCCGUUCUCAAGCUCGCAACCUCAAUCUCACUCUUCGCUCAAAAUCCCGAUGAUGAUGAAUACGAUUACCACGUCAGCAGAAUGUGUCUGAUCUGCAACAAAAACCUAUUCGUCAACGCCAACAAACGGAAUCUUUACGAGUACAUCCGUAGUCGUGGUUUUUCUCGACAUUUGUGGUAUCCCCCAGGUCUGUCUCUGGAAAUUGGACGGGAUCAUGCGAAGUUCAUCGCCAGCCAGGGCCAACAUGCUCUUGCCGAGAAGACUAUUGCAGACGUUUGCGAGGCCUUGAUAGGGGCAUCUCUGUUCACGAGAAACGAUGAAAAUCGGUUUGAUAUGGCUGUCAAAGCUGUGUCAGUCUUUGUGAGCCAUGGAAACCACACGGCCACUUCAUGGAAAGACUACAUAUCUGCUUACGACCUUCCCUCGUAUCAGGCCAAGACAGCUGAUGGAUGGGAAGAAAAUCUGGCUGGGCAGAUGGAGUGGUUGGGUUACAAGUUCAAGUACCCUCGUCUUCUGCGGUCAGCAUUCACACAUCCAUCUUAUCCAUCGGCAUGGUCUAAGGUGCCUUGUUAUCAACGACUCGAAUUCUUAGGUGAUGCGCUCUUGGACAUGACGUGUGUGGAGCAUUUGUUCCGUCGUUUCCCUGAUCGAGAUCCGCAGUGGUUGACGGAGCACAAGAUGGCUAUGGUAUCUAACAAAUUCCUUGGGGCAUUAACUGUGAAACUCGGGCUUCACAAGCAUCUUCAACAUUUCAGUAGCUCCCUGAUUGCCCAAAUCGCCAAUUAUGCAGAGGAGCUGCAGGCAGCAGAGAGAGAGAGCAAAGGGGAGUGUCUCCCUGAUAUGCUCGAAGCUUACCUUGGUGCCAUAUUCGUGGAUUCCGGGUUUGAUUUUACGAUGAUUGAGGCUUUCUUCGAAAAGCAUAUCCUGUCAUUCUUCCACGAUAUGUCUAUUUAUGACACAUUCGCCAACAGACAUCCCACGACGUAUCUUCAUAGUCAAUUGACCCUGACCUACCGGUGCACCGACUACUGCUUGAAAUCUGGAGCAAUUGCAGCCGUUGAUGGUGAACUUCCCAAGGCGCUUUCGGCGGUCAUUGUUCACGGCAGAACUAUUGCUAAAGCAAUUGCAUCCUCCAGUCGAUAUGCUAAAGUGAAAGCUAGUACGAGAGCAUUGACUGUUCUUGAGGGGCUGACUCGUGCUGAAUUCCGCGAGCAAUUCCAUUGCGAUUGCCAGGGUGACAAGGCGGAAGAGAUGGAUAUUGGAACUGCAGUCUGA